UCUAAAUCAAAUCCUCGCCAGUGAAGAGCCAAGACGGCAUUACCCAGCGCUUACAACUGCCAUUUCAGGAACGACUGGUGCCCUGAUCCCCCAGAGCCCGUAACCUGGAGUACCCUAGCAAUCCACUAUCGAAUGUGGAGAGGCAACCCUUACCGUCGAAGAUGUCAUUCACGGGAGCAAGUGCGGAGAAGCAUGAAGUGGAGACAAUCAACCGCCUGAUCGUCAUUACUUGAAGAAGUUGGUGGCUACCUAUCGGAAGAUGACGCUGUUAUGCCAUGCGUGGUGUUCAGGUAUUAUUUUAAUAUGACCCUUUUCCUCGCUGCAGCGGUCUUUCUGGAAAAAGUGAAGAUUUUCGGUCUUUAACAGCUUCCAUGAUGCUGCUUUCGAAAAUCCUCCUCGCCGCUCUGCCAAGCGUGGUCGCUGGCCUUUCCCCAACCGCCACGGUCAAGAACGGCACUUACGAGGGCAAAUAUGUUGCCUCAUACGGUCAGGAUCUCUUUCUCGGCAUCCCCUUCGCCCAACCGCCCGUUGGAGAGCUCCGUUUCCAGAACCCACAAAGCUUGAAUAGCACCUUUGGUACUAGAAAGGCUACAGAAUAUGCUGAUUCUUGCGUCGGAUAUGGAAACAGUGAUGCCUGGCCUUAUACCCUGAGUGAAGACUGCCUGACAUUAAACAUUGUUAGGCCUGCUAAGUCAGGACAAAGCAAGGAUGAUGAGCUACUCCCCGUUGGUUUCUUCACCCACGGGGGAGGGUGGUCGAUGGAUUACAGUGCCAACGGCGUGUAUAAUCUGAGCUUCAUCGUCGAGGAAUCGGUCAAAAUGGGAAAGCCGUUCAUUGCUGUCUCUGCAGAUUAUCGAAUGUCUUUCUGGGGCUUCAUGGCCAGCCAGGAUAUCCUCGACGCAGGCGUGGCCAACCUCGGUCUCAAGGAUCAGCGAAUUGCUAUGCAGUGGAUCAACGAAAAUAUCGAAGCCUUUGGCGGUGACCCAGCUAAGGUUACCAUUUGGGGUGAGAGCGCUGGUGGCGGUAACGUUGGAUACCACGCCACUGCCUAUGGCGGUCGUGAUGAUGGCCUCUUCCGUGGCAUCAUUGCUGAGUCUGGCGCCGAUGGUAGCCACAUGAAGAACUUGACGGAACCUCAGCAAAUCUACGAUACCAUCGUCAGUGCUGUUGAGUGUGAUGGUAGCUUAGAUAAACUUGCUUGUUUGCGUACGGUCCCCUUCGAUAAACUCAAUGCGACAAUCACCAAAAUCUCGGGUAGUUUCUACCCCAUCGUAGAUGGGGACAUCAUCCCGGAUCUACCAUCGGUUCUACUCGACGCUGGGAAGUUCACCAAGACGCCUAUAUUGCUCGGCACAAAUGCCGACGAAGCCACAAUGUUUGCUGGCACCGGAGCCAACACGGAUGAGGACAUUGCAAGUCUUAUUCAGUCAUCAGGGCCGGAUGCCAACACGGCCGAAAUACUCAUGGCGCUCUACCCCGACAUCGACUCACUUGGACUGCCGGCUAACUACCACAUUCAACCAGAUGGGCCCGUGGGGAAACAGUUUAAGCGCUCGGUGGCGUUGCUGACGGAUCAAAUGUUCCUCUCAUGGCGACGUCUGAGGACAGACGCAUGGUCCAAAUACGGUGCUCCCGCUUAUUCAUACCUGUUUGAGUCACCAAAAUCAUCUACCUCAUACACAGGAACCAGCCAUUUCACCGAAAUCGGCUACAUCUUCUACAAUAGAAUCGGGCUCGGAUAUGCCGCCGGCCAAAGCCCGCUCGCAAACGCAACACAGGACGUGCUAGAUCUGGCCAAACUCACCACUCGCAUGUGGAUCAGUUUCAUAACCGACCUUGACCCAAAUAACCAUGGAGUUUCAGGGGUAGACCACUGGCCGGUGUAUAAUGCUACGGGUGGCUAUGGGCACAACUUCUACUUACAUCCUACUGAUGGCGGCGUAAGGCCUGACACCUUUCGCCUGGCGGGGACGACGUUUAUGAAUUCAGUUGCGAAGGAGCAGUACGGGCGCUGAAUACUAUUAUGAGUAAGACACUAUGGAGACUCAGUGUUAUUGUAUCAGAGCCCAGUAUACAAUCUAUUUCUCGACAUGCAUAAUUCCUCUCUCGUGUACUUCCGUGAGACACUAUGGCCUGAGUAAAGCCUGAAACCUCUGAGCCAGGCAGGCGAUCGUAUCGGAAUAUACGAAUAGAGUAUAUUCCUAACUCCAUAAUUCUCUCCACUACCCCUACACCGCCAAUGAAUACCACAAAACAAAAACCGACAUAAAUAUUCACAAUUGAGAUAGACAACAGAUAACCCCAGAGUACCAGGCGCCAAUCAAACUGGUCCACACCUCGGACACCAAAGAAAAGCCAAGACCCUAGCCCGAAGCGGGUGGAGGGGCGAUCGAUCGCCGCCUGGACAGACUCCAUGCAAUACUGGGUUCAUGCCGGUUGUCUCCACGCCGAUUUGUUUGUCGGUAGUCUUUAAUGCGGGUGUCAAAAAGACAUAUGUAGGCGUUGUGUGCUGGUUGUGCUUCUGGCUCGC